AUUAAUACUUCCUGCCAGGGUAUAACUCGUGACCUAUAAAAACAAUGAACAUUCUCAUAAAAAUACAAAAUUGACAUUAAACAACCGUGUUGACCAUCCAGAGUGGGUCUGCUGCAGCGCCAUUCAAGAACAGCAUCUCCCAGAAUGCUUUGCGUUGACCUCAGCUUGCGUCAAUAGUGCGACGAAAAUCUAUUGCUAAACAAACCAAACACGGAUGUUUUAACAACAUGGAGCUGGAACAGCCAAAAGAAGACAGUCCUCCAACACCCACACCUCCAUCUCAGUCAAAAAGGCCAAGUCAGGCUCUUUACGCCCCCAAGCAACGAAAUAGUGGCUCCAAAGAUAAAGGUCAGAGUCAGGGAGAAGUCAAACCAAGACCCAGGCCUCGCUACACAGACAAGGCAAGAAAAAACGCCAAGAACAAGAACAACAAGACUGGAGCAGCUGAUAAAGGAGCGCCAGUUGGAGGAGAAGAUGGAGGUGACAGCAAGCCUGCUGUGAAGGAAGAGCAGGAUGCAGAUGUGCAGGUUAAUGGCCACGCUGCAACCAAUGAGGAGAUGCUAGCAGAUACUACCUCAUGUCUGGAAGCAACAUCCCUUCAGGACGAAAAGGGGGAAGAGGACAGUUGGGACACCUUGUUCAAUGAUGAUGGAGAUUGUCUGGAUCCGCACCUGCUUGAAGAGCUGGCUGUGAAUGAAGGUAGAAAGAAGGGAUCAAUCCAACAGCCCAGGUUUGAUUACUACAACAUGGACCAAGAUGAUGAUGACGACGACAUUGACCUCAGUGAGGAUGAACUUUCUCACAUUGUAGAGAUCUACGACUUCCCUGCAGAGUUUAAGACAGAGGACCUUCUCAAGUUAUUUCAGUGUUACCAACAGAGAGGCUUUGACAUCCAGUGGAUUGAUGACUCACAUGCCCUGGGUCUCUUCUCAAGCCCCAUAGCAGCCCGUGAAGCUCUAAGAUCCAAACAUCCCCUGAUGAAGUUGCGACCACUCUCCAAAUCCUCCCCUGCUACAAAGGCCAAAGCCCGUAGCUGCUCAGACUACCUCCUUCCUGCUAAACAGAGACCUCAAACGAGUGCAGCGCUGGCUCGCCAGCUUGUGAUCGGCGCCCUUGGUGUGAAGAGCAACAUCACAAAGGAGCAGCGCGAUGCAGAGAGGAGGAAACUCCAGGAGGCAAGAGAACAAAAGCGCCUGGCAGCCAAACAGAAGGAAGAUGCUUGGGAUGGGAAGUGACUGCACAGAAAGCUACCCCCACCCCACCCACCGUCUUCUCCUGUUUGUUAUUUUAUUUCUUUCAACUGGCCACUCCUUCUUACCACUGUGCUUCCUAAAAAUGGCUUCCCACCAUUUUUUUCUUCUUUCUGACACGGUCCUCCAGCUUCUCUUACUGAACGUCUCAUAAUUCUACUGUCUGUCCAUUUGCGUGCAGUGUUGCAUCAAAUGUGAGCGUCCUGCUACUGUUCCCUUACCUCAGCUCAUACCUUGUCUGUGCAGGGACUGUUGCCUCUGUGUCACGGCCAGGGCUUACACAACCGGCUCACCUUUUUGUAGUGAAGCACUGAGUCUAAUCAUUUUAAAGGGUAACUACGGCUUCAAAAUAAUUAUUUUUUUAAUAGAGGCCACAUGUAUGUCUUUAUAUGGAAUUUAUUUUAUGUUUUUAAAGAUGACACAAGUGGAUGCACCUGUUAAUGUUAGAGCAGCAAAGCUUUCUAUUAAAGGUCCUGUAAUAUUCAGUCAUGCAAUUCAGUACAUCAUUAUACUAUGAAGACAAUGUUGAGAUUACACUUGAAUUAAAAAUGUUGCAUUUUUUGGACAUUUUGAUGUUCACUUUUUAAUUGUACCCGUGAGCUCUUAUUAAACAUUUUCUGAAAAGCCUCCUGGGAAGCUGCCGCUGUUCUAGUCCAGUAUUAUGGCUGUUCUGUUUGUUAAAACCUACAGGAGAAUGUAUUGUGUUUUCAACGAGAGGAGCCCUGUUGUACAAGUAGUACUGAUGAUGAUGAUGAUGAUGAUGAGGAUAGUCAUUCUGAAGAGCAAAUGACAGUUCAAAUUAAAGAGAGCAUUUUAUUGUAGGGAGAAAAUGUUGUGAAGACGGAGUGUCCAUGUUCAAAAACAACCAUGUGUCUGUCUAAUAAUGGAGGCAAAAUUCUGUCCUUUAACAAAGUUACUUUUUUCACAACAUCAUGAUUAACAUCCAUUUUACCUGGUGGUAGUACAUGUGAAAACUUAAAAGUGGCAGAUCUCCGGCUUGUAAACUUGAAUGAAACUGUUGAGCAGAUAUUGUAUUUCAGUUGCAUACAUUUUAAUUCAAGCUAAAUUAUUUUCAUGAAAUAAGUUAAAAGUUAAAUGAAGUUUAAAAAUGUAUGAUGGCAUUUAAACUCCAACGCCCGUUUUGAUUUUAAAACUGCUUUAGAUUUAAAAAAAUGUGCGGUGACCAAUCUCAAAAUGCUGUUUUUCUUUAUUCCUGUAAAGUUGAGAUUUUGGACUUGUAAAAAAAGACAAUGUGUUUACUGAAUUAAACAUUUAACUUCAA